AUGCCAUACACAAAUAAAAAAGAAAGCUUUGAUGAUCCAACAGAAUUUACUACAACUCCAUUCCAACUCCUCGAUGAGCACUUACGUUGCCCAAUUUGUAAAGAGCUCUUCAAUACUACCAUCAUGCUAAGUACGUGUUCUCAUUCCUUUUGUACACUUUGCAUUCGUCGUAGUCUAUCAACAGAACAAAUAUGUCCCAAAUGUAGAAAGCCUGCUUAUGAAAACAGCCUGAUCCAUAACUAUGAUCUAGAUAAUGUUGUACGUCUAUGGCGUGAAUCUCGGAAAUUGUUUUUAGAGCUGGAUAAAAAGACUACAAUAGAACAACAACAAGAGGAAAAUAUUGAACAAGUAUCAAGCGAUUCGGAAUCUAUUUUAAUAGUUGAUGAUGAUGAUAAAAGUGAAGAUUUUAUACCAUCCAAUUUAAAAAACACUCGAUCAAGUUAUAAUAAAAGUACUAGAAAAUCAACACGAUUACAAAAGAAUGAAGCAUCCAAUAUAGAUGAUGAUCAGCAGCAGCAGCAGCACCACCACCACCACCAACAGCAACAACAACAUAUACCUUCUCAACAACAAAAUUCUCCCGCAAACGAAAAAGAUUUAAAAUUAUCAUCUAUGGUUCAGUGUCCAGUCUGUUUACAAUAUAUGAAAUAUAGUGUACUUGAUUUACAUAUUGAAGGCUGUUUACAGGGAGAUCGCAGGAUACCUCCUGACCCUAUACAAAGAUCCAAUUCAUAUCCAUCCUCGUCUUCUUCUAAUCAUAGUAGCAAUAAUAGCACGUCAAUCUCUCUUCAACCUAAAAAACAAAAACAAGUGGAUUUAGGAAAGAAGCCUGUGAAACAAGUAUAUACGAUGAUGAGUGAUAAAGAAUUAAGAGAAUGUCUUAGGUCUUUGAAUUUACCUGACCAUGGAGACAGACAAACUAAAAUAUGGCGUCAUAAAGAGUAUUUAAAUUUAUAUAAUGCAAAUGUUGACUCUGAUAAUCGAGUGAGUGCGAAAGUUUUGAUUGAACGUUUACAAGCUAUGGAGAAAUUAAGACUAUCCAAUAAUCAAUUAAAACGGAAAUUAACAGAUCCUGAUGAACAUAAAACACAAGCUGUCACAAAACUGGAACAAAACUAA